UCUGUAGUCGCUAAAAGCCUUAAAAACCAAAUUUGGGCCAAUUAGCCAGCUCAUUGAGAGUCAUUUUCUUUCUAAAAGAAAAAAGAAUUAACAAAAAUGCAAUGAAAGAAGACAUUUGACAAAUGGAAAAUCUAGAAAACAAGCAAAGAAAACAGAGAAGAGAAGUGGGAAAGGAGCAAGAAAGAGAGCUGAAAUUGAGAUGGUGGGAGGAUGAAUGUACUUUUCUACACUUUUGGAUUGCUCUCUAAGUGCAUAAAAAGUAGCGAAAGUCAGAUACCAAUCACUACGAACUUCCAAUAAAGCUUUCAUUUUAAUUUCACAUCCUGCCCUUUGCCUUCUCAAAUAGUCAUGAAAGAUUGCAAUUUCACAUUCUUUUCCUCCGCCACCACAGUCACCUACAGUUUGCAUAAUGACCACACAACUUCUAUAGAAACCAAGGAAAUCCCUGUUGAUGAUUUUCCCUCCACAGAAACUCCCAUCACUAUUACCAACCAUCUCUCUCAACCAGAUGCUGCUACCAAGAUUCAAUCUGCAUACAAAGCACAUAUAAUCCGCACUCUCUACAAAAAGAUUUUGUCUGCAAAUUCUGAAGCUGAUCAACUGCAGUGCCUGAUUCAACGGCAGGAGACAGUAGACACCAUCAGGUAUGAUGGACGGGAGAAGUUAAGACUCAAUGAGGCCUUGAUGAGAUUGCUUUUAAGGUUGGACUCUGUGCCUGGGGUUGAUCCGACAGUGAGGGAGGCAAGGAGGAAAGUCAGUCGUAGGAUUGUGGGGUUGCAGGAGAUUGUGGAUGGAAUAUGCAAUGAAGGCAAUGGUGAUGGUUGGUGUGUUGAUAGUGGUGGGUUUUUUAGGGAUUGGGACGAGGUGGUGGCAGAGAUGGAGAAGGAGGUCUGUAAAGAGAGAGGUGGUGAGGAAAUGGAUAGGUUUUGUGCUGAAUAUCUUGGUUUUAGAUGUUUGCAGAGGUUUUUGCAUGAGCCAUGAAAAAUAUUGUGGAUGUUUUCUUCUUUCUGAUAUAGCAUAUAUAUGCAAUACGUGUAUAAAUGAAGGAUUUGUUUUAAGUUACAUGUUUUGUUCUUGUUCUUAUAUAUAUAUUUAUAUUUAUCCAUGGUUAUGUAUUCAUGAUAAUCAGUUUUCUGUGUUCCUCCUAUAAGAACUGUAGAAACAAAAUAGAACCAGAGAAGAAAAGGUGAAAUGCUAUGUAUCUCUAUCCAAUUAAUUGCUAUCUUCGUAGUUAUCUUUCUCUGCUA